AUGGCAUUUCGUUCGCGAUCACUUCGCCUACUCACUCGAUCUAUUCGCACUCAAGCUCAGUAUGACUAUGCACCUAAACCUGACUACAAUGAAUACAUCCAUGCGGGAUCAGAAGGUUUGGCCACCCCACGUCAGCUGGUGCAGUAUCUAGAUGAAUAUGUAGUCGGUCAGAAGAAUGCGAAAAAGGUCCUUUCAGUGGCUGUUUUUAAUCACUACAACCGCGUCCGUGCGAACUUAAGAGCGUUAGAGAACGCAGAGGCAUAUCAUGGACAUUGGGGUGAGGAAGAAGAAGAUACGCAAUCGGGUAUACUUUCUGCGCACGUACAACCUCAUCCGCAACGACUCCCACCGACUUCUGCAAUGCCCAUACAGCCUCACUUCACGGCACCUCUUCUCGAGAAGAGUAAUGUUCUUGUCAUGCACGUCGGGCCAACUGGAUCUGGCAAGACGCUAUUGGCUCGAACACUUGCUAAGGUGCUUGACGUGCCCUUUUCCGUCAGCGACGCCACGUCCUUUACACAAGUGAGUGUCUACAUCGGAGAAGACGUUGACGUGUGCAUACAACGAUUACUACAAUCCGCGAACUGGGAUCCUCACCGAGCCAGUAUGGGUAUCGUGUAUAUCGACGAAGUAGACAAGAUCGCACGAAAAGCUGGAUCUGGUGGAUUGGAAGGAUCACGCGAUGUCGCAGGCGAAGGUGUACAACAGGCCCUCCUCCGGAUUUUGGAAGGCUCGGUCGUCACUGUACCAGCAAAAGGGGCAGCAGUUGAAGGCCCCGGCGUUGCUAGCAGUGAAGGCCGUUCGCGAUCGGCUAGCCGAGCCAUUCCUUCUAAUCCUGCGAAGGCGGCCAAGCCAGACAUAUUUCAGAUUGACACAUCCAAUGUGUUGUUCAUUCUCAGUGGUGCAUUUGUAGGAUUGGAGACGAUUAUCAAAAGACGAGUGGCCAAAGGAUCAAUUGGCUUUGCAGCCACACUCAAUGCCCCGUCCGAAGACACUACCCCAGGAUUUAUGCCAUUUUUUACAUCUAACAGGCGGGUAUCUCCCAACCUCUUUGAACUGGUGGAACCAGCAGAUUUGAUACAAUACAGAUUUAUUCCCGAAUUUAUUUCCCGUCUGCCUUCCUUGACAACACUUUCGCCUCUCACCCCCGCUGACCUUCGCCGAAUCCUCACCGAAGUUCGGGGCUCUCUCAUAUCUCAAUACUCUGCUCUGUUUGGCUACUCGGGUGUGGAAAUCCGAUUUACGACGGGAGCCUUGAAUGCGAUUUGUCAAAAGGCUGCCGAACGUGGAGGUGGCGCUCGCGGCUUGAGGGGUAUCAUGGAAAAACUGUUGUUAGAACCUAUGUACGAAGUACCCGGAUCAAAUGUUCGACAUAUCCUCAUCAAUGAAGCCGUGGUCCAAGGAAAAUCGUCUGCUCUUUACUGGUCCGAAGGGGAUGGCACUAGAUUCUGGGCGGCUUGGGCCGAUGAAGAGUCAACUAUGGGGAAGGCAGCUGCUUGAUGUGGCAUCUGUGUUUCUAGACAUGUAUAGCGCCGUGCCUGGGCAAGACAAGAUAACAGCGCAGAUUGUGCAGCGCAAAAGUAUACAACGCCUACACCGAAUCGAGGUCAAUGAUACAUUGGAAUUUGACGACGUCGUGUACGAUAACUAAAACAAUGCUGCGGCUGGAAAUCUUUGUAUGAAGACAUGCUCACAUAGUGUUCUAAGGUUUGGUGGUAUGAAGACACUAUAUACGGUCGUGGUGGAACAGAUGGAAUGACAUGAGAAACUGCCGCAACAUCUUUAUGCAUCCCCUUUCUUCUCCUCUGCUGAUCCUUCGACAGCAUCGGCCGCAGGUUCUUCUUUAGCUUCUUCCUUAACUUCUUCCUCAACUUCUUCCUCAACUUCUUCCUUGGCCUCGUCGCCCUCUGCAGACUUGGCUUCAAGGGCAGGGGGGUCAGAGGGAGCGGGAGCAGAAGGAGCAGAUGCAGCUGUAAGUUUAACAUUGGUUUGCUGUGCUUCCUCAAAUGCUGUCUUGAAUUGUGUUGCAUUUUCAGUAUUGGCAAACCGGAUUGCGAGGGUCUCAGAGGUAGGUGGGUCCUCAGAGUAGUCGGCAAGUACCUUCCACACCCAGCUCCGAUCAGAUCCAAUAUUCGGCUGCAGCUUCAUAGAAGCAGAGAUGAGGUGGUUCGCGCAGACUUUCAGCGUCUUAUCACGCCGCAUCACCAACCUGACUUUCUGAGUCUGCUUGUGCUGUAACAACCGCACCUCGCCAGUGCCUCUUUCUUUCCACUCCUGAGAGGUGUUCUCGAACCUGAAGAGCUUGGCACGCAUCUUGAAGAUGGCCGUUUCAUCUUCUUCGUUGGUCUUUAUCUCUACCUGUUCUGUGAGCUUGAUGACAGGCUCAAAAUGAGGAUCAUUCUCGUCUUCCUGCUUGGGAACGAGAGGGUUUUCGCUGGAAUCAGCCAUGAUUAUGUCCGUGAAGAAUAACGUUGAGUGAGAAGACAAUAGAGAAUGGGAGAAGAGCCGUC